AGCUGAAGGCUCUUGACUAUUUGACGGAAACACAGACCACAUCACAGAGAAGCAGAGGCAGACCUUUAGCAGGCACACUUCACUCUGGAACAAAGCUACUGGGGCUUCUCCACUGGUGAGUCAUUUGCUUUCCUUUGCCAGGGUCUCUCAAAUUCCUGCCUGUGCUAUGACCGAUGUACAUGUGCAAGCUACUGAAUUCAGCUAUCCAUGGCUCCCAUCCCUCUCUGCUGGGAUUGCUGUAAGGGUUAGAAAAUAGGAAAACUACUUCAUUGGUUCUGGAAUAUAGCAAAUGCUUAUAAAAGGAUUGGAAAAGUAGUAAUGGCAUAACCAGACCCAUCAGGGACAUCAACACAGGUCAUAUCACAGAGAAGCAGAGGCAGACCUUUAGCGAGCGCACCUCACUUUGGAACAAAGGUAUUGGGGCGUCUCUACCGAUGCCUGCCACAACAGACACCAUGGACGAUGAGCACCACGACACAGUUGGCUGGCUCUUCGGCAAUUCCAGUGACAACAGGCAGAGACACGAACAGUUCCUGAAGUUCAAGGAGGUCUUUGUGCCCUGCAUGUACCUGGUGGUGUUUGUCUUUGGACUGCUGGGGAACUCCCUGGUUUUGAUUGUAUACAUUUUCUACCAGAAGCUGAGGAGUCUGACAGAUGUGUUCCUGGCGAACCUGCCCCUGGCUGACCUGGUGUUUGUCUGUACUCUGCCCUUUUGGGCCUAUGCAGGCACCUAUGAGUGGGUCUUUGGCACAGUCAUGUGCAAAGCUCUUCAAGGCAUGUAUACCGUGAACUUCUACGUGUCCAUGCUCACUCUCACCUGCAUCACGGUAGAUCGCUUCAUUGUAGUGGUCCAGGCUACCAGGGUCUUCAGCCAGCAGGCCAAGUGGAAGGUCUGGGGCCAGCUCACUUGCUUACUCAUUUGGGUCACCUCGCUGCUGGUUUCCCUGCCAAAUAUCAUCUACGGGAGUGUUGAACACCCUGACAAGCGUAUCUGUCAGUACCACGAUGAGGCGACAUCCACUGUGGUUCUUGUCACGCAGAUGACUCUGGGAUUCUUCUUGCCCCUGCUCGCUAUGACUGUGUGCUACUCGGGCAUCAUCAAGACCUUGCUUCACGCUCGAAGCUUCCAGAAGCACAAAUCUCUAAAGAUCAUCUUCCUUGUAGUGGCCAUGUUCCUGCUGACUCAGACACCCUUUAACCUCACCAAAUUAAUCCGAAGCACAAGCUGGGAGUUCUAUACCAUGACCAGCUUUGAAUACGCCAUCCUAGUGACAGAGGCUAUAGCAUACCUUCGGGCCUGCCUUAACCCUGUACUCUAUGCCUUUGUUGGCUUAAAGUUCCGGAGGAACCUCUGGAAACUUGUGAAAGAUGUUGGCUGCCUCCCUUACCUGGGAGUCUCAAACCAGUGGAAGUCUUCUGAGGACAAUUCUAAGACUUGUUCUGCCUCCCCCAAUGUACAGACCACCAGCAUGUUCCAACUGUAGGAAGCCCUCCCAGACUUGGAGAAGCUAGUAUCAGAACUCUUAGAAGCAUGGCUAUGUCCUUCAGACGUGACAAUAAAGGCUUUGCUUAUAGCAUGUGGGUUCUCAUGUAGAAGUCACUGAAAACUG